AUGCCGCGCUUACUGAGCUUGCUGCGCCAGGCGCGCAGAUGCAUCGGCCUCAACCUGCUGCUCGUGUGCGCGCCCCUGGGGUUCGCCGCCGCGGCCUGGUCCUGGAACCCCGUCGCGCUCUUCCUCUACAACUUCCUCGCCAUCAUCCCGCUCUCCAGCCUGAUCUCGGAUGCGUCCGACAAACUCAGCGAUCGUUGGGGAGGCUUGAUCGGCGGACUGGUGAAUGCGUCGCUUGGCAACACCGUUGAGCUCAUAGUUGGCCUUCUCGCCAUCACGCAAAACAAUGUGAGCGCCGCGCAGUCGGCAAUGAUGGGCAGCAUCCUCAACGACAUCCUGCUCGUCCAGGGAAUCUGCAUCAUCGUCGGCGCCCGCUCCAAGGGCGUCAUCGUGGUCAACUCGGCCCUGGUCGACUCGUUGUCCUCGCUGAUGCUCGUCGCCUCCAUGGCCAUGGUACUGCCCACCGCCCUGUACGCGGCCAUCCCCCACGCCGACGGCAAGGGCUCCGGCAUGAGGCAGCGCAUCGUCUCCUUUAGCCGCGCGACGAGCAUCGUCCUGCUGCUCGUCUACGUUGUCUACCUGUACUUUCAGCACAAGACGCACCGUUCUCUCUUUGACGACCAGUCCGACGAAGACGACGACGGCAACGGCUCCGACCGCACCGACGACCUCGUUGAUGCUUCUGCGCCGGCGCACGAUGUUGCUACUGCGAGGGACUGCGAAAGCGGCACAGACCUGGACGGCACGCCCUCCAUGCAAGACGUGUCCAUCGUCAUCCUCACGCUGGCUCUCAGCUCGCUCGUCAUCGCCGGGUGCACCUACAACAUCAUGCAGAGACUCGGCGAGAUUGUCAAGGCGUUCCAGGUCAGCCAGACGUUCAUCGCCUUGGUCAUCAUCCCGCUCGCGAGCAACGCCUCCGAGAUGACGCAAGUCCUGGCGGCGGCCAAGAAGCACAAGAUUGACUUUGCCAUCGCGGUAAUCGUGGGCAGCAUCCUGCAGAUUGCCCUCUUUGUGCUGCCCGCGCUUGUCGUCAUUGGGUGGAUUAUUGGCAGCAAAAUGGACCUCUAUUUCGAAAUGUCACAGACUUGUGUCCUGCUUUUCGCCAUUGUACUGGUCAACCAGGUUCUGCAAGAUCGGCAAUACACCUAUCUUCACGGCAUGAUGUUUCUCUGCGUGUAA